UUGAGAAAAAUAAUAAAUAAACUUUGUUUAUUAAUUAAACUGAAUUUUAAGAAAAUAAAAAAUAAUACAGUACAAUUAUAAUAUUCCUCAAUUACAUAUAAUUGAAGUUGUUAUAACAGAAUUGAUCAAUUUUCAAGAGGAAAUUGCUAAUACUACCACAGUCUCGCGAGUCUUGUUAACAGAAAUAGAGGCGCAAAUCGGUGUGUAUUUGCCCGAUGAGAAAGUAUAAAAGGCUUGUGAACGACAGGGGACAUCGGCAUUGAGAGGCAACGUUGAUUUAGGAUUAUUGGUAUUGUUUUUCGUUUGAUUGACAAUACGAAUCAUCCCACAAUGUCCCUCAGUCAAACCAGCGUGUUAAAACUGUAUAAUACGGUGAUAGAAGAUGUUAUUGCUGGAGUGCGUGAAUCCUUUUUGGAUGAAGGUGUUGACGAACAAGUGCUACAGGAAUUGAAACAAAUAUGGGAAAAUAAAUUGAUAUCUAGUAAAGCAGUUGAAUUGAAUCCAGAUUCACCGGAACCACCACCACCUCAAGUUGUUCAUAAAUCUGUUAACGUUAGUAAAGCAAAUUCAGGAGUAACGAAAAAUAAUGUACAGCAAUCUUCAACUGGAACCUCUUCCAUAGUACAACAGCAACAUCAACCACAGCAACAACCUCAACCACAACAAACAUUGACGCAUAAUAGAGGAAUUCUCAAUCCACAAACAAUACCGCAAAUAGUGCAACAAGUUGCGACAACUCCAGUUUCUGUUAUGGAAAGACAAGUGCCAAUACAGAUUACCUUACCCGCUCAAGCCGAUACCCAACAGCGAGUUUUAACAAUUCACGUUCCUGCUUCUGCAAUCUCAGGAAAUCAACUACAACAGAUUUUAACAGGUCCAAUUAUUACUGCUGCAAUGGGUUUACCUGCUGAAUUUGCAACAACACUUUUACAACAACAUGUAAAUUCAACACUACAAGGACAAGCAGGUUUAACAACAGUGCAGGUAAAUCAACCUCUUCAAGUUGUUUCGCAAUCGGCUAAUAAUAUUGCUGUUCAACGCACAAUUCAAAAUCAAGGAAACAUAGCGCAAUUAGAUGGUCAACAUGGAGACUCGUCAGAUGAUGAUGACGAUGAAGAGGAAGAUGAUAAUGACGAUGAUGAUGAAGAUCUUGAUGAAAAUCAAGAAGAGGAAAAUGAUGACGCCGCUGCUCGAGAAGAGGAACCCCUCAAUUCUGAAGAUGAUGUAACUGAUGACGAUCCUACUGAUCAAUUCGAAACGGACAAUGUCGUUGUUUGCCAAUACGAUAAGAUUACGAGGAGUAGAAAUAAAUGGAAGUUCUUUUUGAAAGACGGCAUCAUGAACUUAAGUGGCAAAGACUUUGUGUUUCAAAAAGCGGGUGGCGAUGCAGAAUGGUGAAGUGUUCAUUAUUAUUUUUUUUUUUUUCGUCAACUUCUUCUUUUAUCGUCCGUUGUUUUUAAAAAAUCUUUUUACCAAGAAACAAUCAAAGACUGUGUACACAUACGCCGCGAAAAAAAAAAAAAUAAGCGACGUUCAAAGAAAAAAAUAAGUCGUCUCUGAUGUGUAAUUUCCAUGAAAUUUAGCGAUUGUCAAAGAGUGCGCAAGAUGAACUGCAAUCAUUCAUUAAUUCCAAAGAAUAUUAAUUUAAUUUUUACAUAUUUUUUUUUUUUGUAAUUCUUGUCUAUUUUUAUUUUAAUUACAGAAUUAUUUUCAAUUCAAUUUUUUGUAUUUUCGUUGAGAUGUUAUGGAAAUUUAUCUGCUUCUCUAUUUUCCAUUGUCAAUAUUUGGAAAAGAAAUUUUUUUUUAUGAAGUAAAUUUCAUUUUUUUAGAUAAAUUGAAGUUCAUCUUGAGCUAUGUAUGUAGCAAAAUGCGAAGUGGUCGAUAUAUGGAUUUUUGUGGCAAAAAUUAUAAUUGCCAAUUAACUAUAUGUCUCCCACGUAAUAUUAUUAUUAUUUUUUUUCUAUACUUGUGCAUAAUUUCUAAUGUUUUCACUCUUUUAAAGAGAGAUAGAGAGAAAGAGAGAUAGUUGCGAGCGAAAGUCAUGAUAGAAUCGGUAUGACUGGGAUUUUUUGGGAAAUGUUCGAUAAGCUAUAAUCUUUAAUUUCCGCGUUCGAAAUAUGUUUAAAAAAAAGCUGUGUUGUGAGUAAUUGCUUUGAUUUUUUUCCCCUUAUGUUUUUAAUAAUUAUUAUUUUUCAAAGCAUCUGUGUUUAUAUCACAUAUAGUCAGCCAAAAUGCAUUUGUAAAGCUCAAGUCAUUUUUCUUUUUGUUUUGUUUUUUAAUAUAUUGUGGUAAUUCAUAAUUUACAUCUCACUUUUAAAGGUGUUGUACAUAGAUUAAGAUAUGAGGCAACUGGAAAAGCGUUUUUUUUGUGCAAAUGCGAUUAAAAAUAAAUAAAUGACGUCUUAAAAUUGUUAUGAAAAAAAAAAAUGUUGAGAAAAUUUGGAGUAAAUAAUGCUCCUUAGCGUAGGUUUUUUUUUUAUUGGUACUUAAAACAUUGCAGUAAUUGCAAAAAAAAAAAAAAAAAAAAAAACUGUAAAACAAAGAAAUCGGAACCAAAAGGAAAUUUAAAGAAUAUAAAUAUAUAUAAUUUGCACUUGAAUAAA